GAAAGCUCUGAUUUGUCGUUGGUCUCCAGGCGGCGUUUUCUAUUGGUCCUUGACGAACUCGUCUGCUGUCAUUGUAUCAUUAAUGAGCUCUACAUUCUAAAGAGGCGGGAAGAGAAGGAAGGAAGGCGAUGAUUGGUCACGGUAUUCCAUCCGGCGUUUUCUAUUAGUCCCUUGCCGAAACCUGACAGACGGAGUAGGCGUGGCUUCGCCUCUUUCAGAACCGUGGGCUUCUACUCUUUUGCAGGGUUGAUUGUUGCGAUGAGAAAACGGGAGGUCUUGAAACUUUUCAAAUCUUUGCACAGAACAAGGCAAGAAGUUUUCAAAAAUGACUCCAGAGCCCUAGAAGCUGGAAGACAUAAGAUUAACGAAGAAUUCAAAAAUAGUAAAAAUGUGACUUCUCCUGAAAGGAUAGCUGAGCUUUUGAAAAUUGGUUCAGAUGUAGAAGUUAUACUCAGAACAUCUGUUCUUCAAGGCGUUCAUAUAGGUGACCACAAAUUGUUGCUGAGAGCAAGAAAAGACUUGCUUCUAGAAAACGUCCCUUUCUCUGAAAUGCCAAAGCAAAAGACCUGAGUUGGAAGGAAUAAACUUUCAUGUUGUUAAUCCUGCUUUGUGACCCCCCCCCUUCACAUUAGUUAUUAAUUUCUGUAAUAUCUUUCCUGUAAGUUCUUAACAACAAAUAUUUCUUAUAUUUGUGUUUACAUAAUUAACAGAAAGUAUUGGUUUUUUGCUGAUACAUACAGGAAAUUAUCUCAAUUCUAUUGUUUACUAGUUCAGAAGAAAGUACUGUAUAUUGAAUGUUAUUGUCAAACCUUUCUCCUUAGUUCAGAAUAGAAUACUUUGAAUAAAAUUUUUGCUUUUUUGCUUUUUAAAAAUUAUAAAAUGGUGACAUGAAAAUUCUCUUUCCUGUCAUAAUUUUUAUAUAUAACUGUUAAUCUAUAAUAGAGGGAAUUCAAGGUCACAUCAUAUGUUUAAAAGACUAUUUGAUGCCUUUAUGCUUGAAUAAAGAAGUAUUGACAAGUGUUAUAAA